AUGAGCGAUGUCGUGGAGAAGACCCUGACAGCUCUGCCGAGCCUCCUGUCUUUAGACUCCCAGCCUGGAUCUGCAAAACUGUCCUCCACCUCAAAACUAGGAAACCUCAUCAGAGGCAUCACAGAACUGACGUCCAAACAUGUAAGUUUGUCGUUUUGUUUUGAAACUCAGGUGAAAUACGACCAGACAGCUCCUGCUGUGCUCUGAAUUUAGCUUUCUAAGCUGCCUAUGCUAAAUGAAAGAGCAGUGUUUUAUCUCUGAGCACACUUUAUUCAUAGACCAAGUAGUCAAAAAAGCUUAAUUCUAGGUGUUUGUAUGGCUGACGGACGCACUACCUGAUUCGUUAUUGGGAAAUACAUGUGUUGAUAUCGUCUAGGCUGUUUUAUAAAUAGUGUCCAACACGAUGCGUUCAGGUACUUCUGAAAUGCUCGGACACUUGUUAAAAAAGGUCAGCUGUCAGCAGAUUUUCGGGCAUUUCAUUGGCAUAUGUUUCUGGUGAUCUAAACCCAAGUGACCAGCUGUAAGUACGAACAGUCACAUCUUGUAGGAAAGAGUGGGGUAAGUUUGGCCACACUCUGUUGCUAGGAAAUAGUAAAAGAAAUUGAUAAUGUGACCAAUUAUUAAGGAAAUGAGCAUCAAUUCAUGGAGUCUGUGAAGGUUAGAAGCACAUGGGUGAAGUGGUUAGACAUGUAUUUAAAAAAAAAAAAAAAAAAUUUCACUCUUGAAAGUGAAUUUAGUCUGUCAUAAGUUUUAUUAGAAUUGUGGUCAGACCAAAUAAAUUCAUUUAAAAUUUGUUUUAUACACCAAUUGUGGAAUCUAUGAGCUACAACAUGAGGUCAAAAACCUAACAUAAAAGUAAGUUGAGCCAGUUGAUCAACUGAGAAAGUAAAAGAGUCUGAUGAGAGGAUCAGAGUUUCAGUUCAGAUUGUUGAAAUGUGUUACUUUUUCUUUUCAAAAAUACAGCUGUGAAUGUUCUGAAUCACUUAAAGACAUUCUCAUGUUAAAAUGACCAUAGGAGAUCACUUUUUUGUCAUGCUAUAUUAUCAAGACAGUCAUGUUUACACUCAUUCUGUUGGUUUGCAGGGAUGCACAACAUCUUGAAAUAUAUGCAGAUACACAAGUUAGAGACAAAACUGUGAUUGCCUUGAUGUAGUGAUCCGAAAUAUGAAAAAUGGCUCAUCUUACCCCACUCUCCCCUACUAUUAGACAAAUCCAGUGAAAACGAAAAUGAACUUUCCAUGAAAAUGAACUUUUGUUGAUCACUAAUUUUGAAUAACGUCCAAUAGGAAACCCAUCAAUAGAAUUUUACACACAUACAUUUUGCUGAUGUUGUUAAAUAGAAAAAGUCUCUUGUGUGAGAUAAAGGUGUAUCUUUUGUGGUUUAAAGUAUGUUUUUUUGUUUUAUUCUAAAAUGUCAAUCUCUCAAACUGUAUCUUAGUAGUUUAUUAUAAAAUUCUCAAUUGUGUUCCUCUCAUUCAGGAAGAGGAAAAGCUCAUUCAGCGUGAGCUAACAUCUAUCAAAGAACAGAUGUCCUCUCCCAGCACCUCAAUGGUAUAACUCUUGUGAUUUUCCUGUUUGAUCCCGCACAUCAAAACCAUAUUAUUCACAGCACUGACUGAUGUUUUCAUUCCCUCUUUGCUUUUCAGAGGCAGAUGAAGGAGCUUAUGGUGAGAGCAAUCUACUGUGAAAUGCUUGGUUAUGAAGCUUCAUUCACCUACAUUCAUGCCAUCAAACUGGCUCAACAAGGCACUGCUCUGGAGAAAAGAGUCGGUACGUCUUCUGGUUAGAAGUAGAAGAGCCUGAUUAGAAUAACAGAAUCCUGACUAAGAACUGCUGCCAAAAAAGUAUUUAAGUUGUAUGUUUGAUUUUUUUUAAAGUGAUUGUCGCUGAAGCUUCUCUAUUUCACGUUACAACAGUUUUGAGUCAUGAUCUAAUUAUGAUACAAUUGGAGCAUUUUCUGAGCAAAACAACAACAACUUCAUGUGUGAUUUUCAGGUUACCUUGCUGUUUCUUUGUUUCUGAAUGAAAGUCAUGAGCUGCUGCUUCUCCUUGUGAACACUGUAUUGAAGGUGGGUGUUUACUUUAUAUAUACAGCUAUAUUUAUACAGCUUUUAUCAUCUGAUAUCACUGUCAAAAUAAAGGAAGCUGACAUCAUAGUUUGUGUUUUCAGGAUCUCCAGAGCACAAACCUUAUAGAAGUGUGCAUGGCCUUGACUGUUGUAAGUCAGAUGUUCCCCAAAGAUAUGAUCCCUGCAAUCCUCCCUCUGGUCGAAGAGAAACUUAAUCACCCAAAGUAAGAAACACUCUUUUUGAUUUUAGUCCCAUAGGUCAGCUAAAUGUAUUUACAUGUAUGUUUUUAUGUGAUUAAUUAAAAGAUUAAACUGUAAAAAAAGCACCUUGUAUCAUGAUUUUGAAAGGGUUUUCUUGACAGCUGCUGAUUGAAUGUAUCAAACAAGUCAGUCAUUGGAAAGGCCAGAACUUUCUCCAGCUCAAUGCAGAAAAGACAAAAGUCUUUUUUUUGGUCCCAAAAAUGCGAGGCUUAAAGUCAGUGUCCACCUUUACUCAAUGACACUAAAAACCAGUGACCAAGCCAGAAACCUGGGUGUAGAAAUGGACUCUGAAUUUUAACAGCCACAUUAAGACUAUCACUAAAUCAGCUUAUUCUCAUCUCAAAAACAUUGCACGAAUUAAAGGAUUUUUGUCUAAACAGGACAUGGAAAAACGUUCAUGCAUUUAUUCUUAGUUGGUGAGAUUAUUGCAAUGGUGUCUUUUACAGGCCUAAGUAAAAAAAUCAAUCAAGCAGCUGCAGCUCAUCCAGAAUGCUGCCGCCAGAGUCCUGACCAACAGCAGGAAAAUGGACCAUAUCUCACCUGUCCAUAAGUCCCUGCACUGGCUCCCCUUGCUCAAAGGAUAGAGUUUAAAGUCUUGUUAUAGGUCUUUAAAUUACCAAAUGGUCUUGGGCCUAAACACAUGACAUGUCGGAGCUGCUGGUUGGAAAUGAAGCAUCUAGACCUCUCAGGUCAUCAGGAACAGGUCUACUCAUUGUCCCCAGGGUCAGAACCAAGCAGGGUGAAGCUGCAUUCAGCUUCUAUGGCCCUCAUCAGUAGAACAAACUCCCUUAACACCUUAGUUGUGCACAAACUGUCAGCUUAUUUAAAUCAGGGUUAAAAACAUCACUGUUUACUGCGGCUUCCCUAUAGCGUCAUUUCCUCUUACUUCUACUUUGCUAUUCUGUCAAUUUCAACUGUUUUAAUAUGUUAUUGAUUUUAAGAUGUCUUUUUGACUUUAAAUUGUUUAAUCUCUCUUUUUUUAAUUUCUUAUGUAUUCCCUUAUAUUUUUCUCAGUAAAGCACUUUGAAUUGCUUUGUGUAUGAGUGGUGCGAUACAAAUAAACUUGCCUUGCCUUGAUGUCUUUCCAGAGAGAUAAUAAGACGAAAAGCAGUCCUGGCUCUAUAUAAAUUCUACCAAAUAGCACCAAACCAGGUUCAACACAUCCACAACAAGUUUCGUAAAGCUCUAUGUGACAAGGACCCUGGAGUCAUGACAGCUUCACUGCACAUCUACUUACAGAUGAUCCAGGUACUAGUUGCACGCUCCUACCACAACAUGAACUGUGUUUCUUUGAGAAAAGAUUAUACAGACAUCAUGAGUCGAUCUGCUCUCCUACCUUCCGGUCAUGUUGUGCUUUUCCCUUUUUUUUUUUUUACAGGAGAAUCCGGAGGGUUAUAAAGACCUGACAGCAAGCUUUGUCACGAUACUAAAGCAGGUGGUGGGAGGUAAACUGCCCAUGGAUUUUAACUACCACAGUGUUCCUGCUCCAUGGCUGCAGAUUCAGCUCCUCAGAAUACUUUCCUUACUGGGAAAAAAUGACCAGAGGUAAUUAAUUGUACUUGUUUUUUUUCUGCAGUAUUUGUAUUCUGUUUCCUCAAACUAUUGAAAAGUAUGUGUUUGCCCUUUGUGUGACAGCACAAGUGAGAUCAUGUAUGAUGUCCUGGAUGAGUCCUUAAGAAGAGCAGAGAUGAAUCACAACAUCACCUAUGGUAUGAUUCAUCGUAAAUGUUUUGUUUUUUUUGAUUUACUGAAAUAUUCUUCUUUCCUCACUUGUUGUAAUCUCUCUUCUUUUCAGCAAUAUUAUACGAGUGUGUAAAAUGUAUUUACACGAUUCACCCCAAAUCUGAACUUUUGGAAAAAGCUGCCAAGUGCAUUGGCAACUUUGUGCUGUCACAGAAGAUUAAUCUUAAAUAUCUCGGUAAGAACCAAAGGAGAAAAAUAUGAAGUUACAGAUCAUUAAAAUUUCAGAUACUCACUGUCAUUUCUCUGGUAUUUAUUUAAGGCUUGAAGGCCCUUACCUAUGUGGUCCAGCAGGAUCCUAAACUGGCUCUGCAGCACCAGAUGACCAUCAUUGAGUGCCUCGAUCACCCUGACCUCAUCAUCAAGCGUGAGGUAAGCCUUACACCAAUGUAAGCUGGAUUAAGAUGCCAUAGAACUGUGGGUUAUAACACACUGGGGUGCUCUCUGUUUUCUUGUAGACGCUGGAAUUGCUGUUUCGCAUAACGAAUGCCCAGAAUGUGACAGUUAUUGUGGAGAAGAUGCUGGAGUUUCUACAACUCAAUGAAGAUGACUACACCACCACAGAUCUGGUGGGGAAGGUUGCUGAAUUGGCAGAAAAAUAUCCUUGUGUUUGUAAAUCUUAACAUCUGACUCACCCUGUCUCCUCUUAGGUUCCUCUUAAGGCUUUGUCUCUGCAUUAGGGUCUUAUGAAACAUUGACUUUUUCAGAGCACAUUUUCUUUCUUAAAGCUGAAGAAUUGACAGAUCUUAGCCUUGUUGUGACCAGCAAAAAGGGUCUCAAAUAAAGUAUAAAUGACAGGUGGAUACAGCCACGAUUGAGAAAGUGAAUCACAUGGUGAGGUGCCUUUGAACUGCAUUUUGAGUAAAGACCAGCAGAGGGCGAUCUCAAUUGCUGCAAAAAAAUCCUGUUGUUGGAUCAGAAGGUUCUUGUUUUAUUACCUCACAAAACAUUUUCUCACAAGGCCACUGCCGCAGCUGCUAUUUCCCGUUUCUCUUUAUUACAGCAUGAUGCUUGUUUUGUGAAUUCUGGCUCCUUUAGAGAAGAUUGGAGGUCAAAGCAGGUUCUGUUUUUGUCAGUCAGAUAGAAAUAUCUUCCCCAUCUCCACAUUUGUGUACAAAAAAGAGACCGAAGAAUUGAGAUAAAAGCUCAUGGUUGCAUAGUUGUGGUCCUCAAUUGAAUCAGUAGUUUAUCUCAGUUAUAAACUCUCCUGUUAGAUAAUUUGUGGUCACAAACAGUAAACCUUUUUUCUUCAUUCGUCUGACACUGAUGCAAACAUAACUGCGGUUCCUUUUAAAACACUCAGUAUUGAAUUUUAAUUUCUACAUCGUGUUUGUCUCCUAUAGUGUGUUGUUAUUUUCCUAUAUACCAUUCUACAUAUGCACCAGAUAACGAGUGGUUCAUCGAGACCAUGAACACAGUGUUUUCAGUCGGGGGAGACAUGAUGCAGCCUGACAUCCCAAACGGCUUCUUGAAACUGCUGUCUGAAGGUGAGAUAACCCAAAAUUGAUCUCACUCUUGGAGUUUCCUGUCUAAAGAUGAUGAAGAUGAUGAUGAUAAUUCUUUUCUUCUGAUUUCUCUUCAAGGAUUUGACAGCGUGGAGGAAGACAGGAAGUUGAGGCAGUUUGCUGUGGAUUCAUACAUUUCUCUGCUGCAGGGUGAGACGGGGAAACUGCCCCAGCGUUUUCUCCAGGUCAUCAGCUGGGUGAGUGCUGUUUGCAGUGAACACUAUGAACACUAUGAGCAGUCAGUUGUUUUUGUAUUUAUUGAAGAAAACGUAAACAUAAAGCAAAAACAAGACAAGAUAUUUGAAGUCAUAGUUUGAAACCCAGACAUUAAAACCACAUUCAUGCCUCUUAGUCGUCUGAUAGAUGGUGAACGGUGAGAAGAGGGACUUAUGCUCUGUCUCCUUUCUACCGUGCUCAGGUCCUGGGUGAGUACGCACAUCUAAGGACGGACCUUGAACCCGCCACAGUCCUGAGGCUGCUUAGCAAACUGCUGGACUCCAAGAACACGAGCAGUGAAACCAAAAGCUGGGUGCUCAUAGCGAUGACCAAGCUGUGUGAUGGCAGGACGGGCAUUUCUGCGGCUCAGGAGGUUUCUGAAACGUACAGCAGCUCCUUGGACACAGUCCUGAGACAAAGGGCUCAGGAGCUGCAGCACCUCAGCCAAGACUCUGAACUAAGAGACAGGGUGCUGCCUCGGGACACCGGCCUGGAGCCCCCUGAGGUAAUGAGGAAGCAUUACAGGGCAGGAGUGUAGGUUUCCAGUGAUGAUAAGUCAUUGCACUAGAUGUUGUUGUUAUUAUUGUGCAUUGAAAUGUUUGGAAAUACAUUUGACUCUGUGUUUUGGCUGGUGUUUAGAUUUUUCCUGCCAAAAAAACCUCACUAGGAUUUAUCUCUUGAUACUACAGCAUAUUACUCCACUCUGUGCCUGUAUGAACUCGCCUUUAAAAACAUAGUUUGUUUCUGUUAGGACAGCUUUUAUGAGGAGAUCAUCAUUUAGCUGUAUCUGUUUUGGCAAGUCCAGAGUGAUUUGAAGGGCUGGGUUUACCACAGAACUCCAUUCAUCUUCAGGUGCAUUGUAAGUCAACUCUAAAGUUAUGGUGGUUAUUUCUUGGUUUCCAGGUGGAUUCCUCUCUGUCAUUCCUGGAUGGAUUCGUGUCAGAGGCGUUGGCUGCCGGUGCAGCACCGUACAAACCUCCUCAUCAGCGGCAGGAGGAACUUGCUCAGGCAAAAAGUAAAACUGGUUUGCAUUCUUGACUUUGGCAGAUUUGGUAACCUGUUCCUGUGUGCUGAUGUGUCUGGAUUUGCUUUGACUGUUUUGCCCCCUCAGCUUUGAGCCUGGAGCCGUACAGUCUGUCCCUGCCCAUCAGUAUGUCAUCCUGUAGCAUCACAGACAGACAGUCUCCUACAUUAUUGUCCAUCAGCUCUGGUCUGUCAGGUGAUAGCAUGGAUCUCUCACACAAAGGAGGGUAUGUAAAAAAAAAAGUCUUACUUUUGUUCUCUGUAUUAAAACAGCAAACACACAAAUGUACAGCUAAUUAAGGCAGUACCCUUGAUUUCUAUUUCAGUUCGACAACUCUGAAGCUGGAUGGUGUGAAGCGGGUCUGGGGGAGGGACGGCUACCUAGCGCAGAGAGAAUCUGUGGAGGAGGCCGCAAAGGUUGAGGUCCCCAGUCCCCUCCACUCAGCCAGCGAGCAAGGAGAGGCUGAGGGAGCGCACAGCCAGAAUCCCACUCCCACACCGACCCCCGAGCCUGAACAAGAGAAACAACAACUGGCCUCUUCUCUGUUUGUGGGCCUGGGCUCCCAAAGCUCUGUGUGCCUGGUGAGCUUUCACAAUUCGUCUUUAGCUGUUUGAGUUAGAGCUGCGAAAUAUAAAUAAAGUUAUCAGUCUGACAUGUUUCCCUGAAUACUCAGUUAUUGCUCAAUUAAAAAAAUAUGAUUCUGCAAACGUUUCCUUUAAUUUAGAAAAACAAGAAGGAACGUGUAUUCAUAAUGAAGAAGCCGUAGUUACAUAAGAGUUGAUAUUUGGACAAACUGAUAUAGUGACAAACUUUUAUUUUCAUUAUUUUUUACUGGUUGUUUUCUUGUUGUAAACUUUUUUUGUAGAAUUUUAGACAAUAGUAAAAAAUGUUAGACACCUAUGUCUCCCUGUACGGAAGACGAGAACGGCCAUUGUUUUUUUCUUUUUUUUGUGCACUCUUAUAUUGUGAUAACAACUUAUUACCUCAUUAUGUCCAUAUAAAAGAGUUCGUUUUCUCAUGAUAAAGAUUUAUUAUCUCAUUACCUUGACAUAACAAAGAUGCUGUGCAUUACACUUUCAACAUUCACGCAUGGCAGUUAAAUGUUCUUGUGUUGAAAGUGUAAUGUGUGUGUGCAAAAAUGGAGCGUGCGUCAGUGUUUUCACUGAAAACCCCGGCUUGUUGUUAACCACAGUGGCUGCAGCGUUUCCGAAAUAUUCCAAUAUGGAGGGUGUUUUUAAAAGUUACUGUUUGAGAUUGGCUAAAACGCCAUUUCUGUUAUCACGUGAAAACAAUCUUUGUUAUCACGAGAUAACAGUGCAUUAAAAAAAAGAGAAAUCCAUGGCUGUUUUUGUCUUCCGUAUCCCUGUGCUCAGGAUUAACGCCUUAAAUGAUGAGCUUUUUCCACAAACAGAAAAAAAUGCGAUCAGAGAGCUUUUACAUCUAUCUGUGCAAAAAUUAACUCAGUCAGAGCAGUAGUUGAUAUUUUUUUCUGCUGAUUUAGUAAAUUUUGUUUUAAACAUUCUAUAAAAAGUAUAUCAUAUAUUAACAAAAGUAUCCUUCCAUUUUUUUUUCCUUCUGAGUAGAUGGGGAAAGCUGAGCCAAAUCCUCAGCGGUUCAGGAGAAAAGCAAAAAGUCCAAGUUUGUCUUCAGGUCCGAGUGAGCCAACAUCCAACUCCAUCAUCUCUUCUCCAAGCACAGUGGAUAACUUACUGUGCAACAACCUCCUGGACUCUAACAUCACCUCAGGUGCGUCACAAGAUCCUCCACCAGAACUGUCUCAGGACUUGAGCACUGCAAAUGGCACCUGUGACGUUGAGUUUACUGACAGGGACGAAGAGGAAAGGGAGCCCUCUCUCAUAAAGGAUAAUGGUGUCAUAGCUCAUGAAGAUAAGGACAGACCCAAGGACUUGUGUCUCAGCUCUCAUCUUCCUGCAGAGCUCUCCGGAUGUUCCUGCUCAGAAAUCAUCCCUCUAUGUUCCCACCAAAGCCUCCAUCUCUCAGCCUGUCAUGUGCAGAGAGACGAGUUUUUAGUACUUGUAGUUUUUAUUUACAACUCCUCCGACUCUGACGUUCAGCAGAUACUGCUGGAGCUGGAAUCAGAUCAACUUCAGGUAUGUUUGUUUCUAUGAAGAACUUGGAGAUGAGGUCUCAUCAGCAUCGGUAUUGAAUGGUGUUGUCUUGUUUUUGUUCUCAGGUGUCAUGUGUGUGUGAGAGCCCAGUUCAGGAGGUGAGUGGUGACAGUGUAGCGGUGUGUCAGUACACUUUGACUGUAAGGAGACCUUCAGUUCAUGUUGAAGUAGCAGGAGUGGUGUCUUACACAUCUCAGACAACUGAGUCCACCCAGUUCUCAUACAAGCUGCCUCUAACCAGCUUCAUCAGGUGACUUGUUGUUUUAUUUUUACGUCUAAAUACGUCUGCAUAAAGAAGAUCCAUCGCUGACUGUGUUUCAUGUUCCUUCCAGACCUUUGACGGUGUCCACAGAAGAGUACGGGACAAUGUGGCUGGCGUUCUCUAAUGACACAAAGCAGAACUUGACGCUUAUAAGUGAAGACCAGGAGUCUCUCACAGCUUCUCUGAAUGUGCUAAAAAGGAAACUGCAGCUCCAUGUGGUGGAGAUCAUAGGUGAACCCACUUAAAAAACACUCAGGGAAAUCUUAGUUUUGGGGAAAAAGUGGAUCGUCCACUCACAGGAGAUGGGCAGUCUGAUGUUAGUGUCUUUUACAUGUCUCACUGUCUUCAUUACACAAAUUUGAGCGCUUUUUUUAGACUAUUAAUCUUAACAUUUAUUAACUGACUCAUUUGUUCCUAAAUUUUGACUUUUUUCCCCCUUACCUUUUACCUAACAAAAGUUGCGAGUGUCAGUGUUGUUUAAUCCAACCUUCAUUUCCUUUAUUCGUUUGCAGGUAUGGAGGGGAUUGUUGCUUGCCGCGUCCUCCAGGAUCAGCCGUGCCUGAUGCACUGCCGCGUCCAUGCGGGCUCAUUAGCUGUAUGGCUGCGCUCCCCGGUCCCUGACCUACCUGACUGCCUGAUCUAUCACUGUCAGCGAGCUUUACAGGAGCACUGA